GGCCGGCAAAACAGUCGAAGUUUAUUUACCAUAUGGGCUCCAAUCUGCGUGACAUAAUCCUAAACACACGUGUACCUCUGGUUCUGAAGGACUUUCCUGUCCAUUGGGAAUGCUUUGAUGGACCGCUGACAGAGUGGUGCACUCGCUAUGACAAGGAAGCAUCUAAUUUGCCAGCUUUUGAGAGCAUGCGAAUUGCUGACUGUGAAACGCCGCAAUGGGAACGCAAAAGAAAGCAGAUCAACAUGACAAUGCAACAGUUUUUAAGCGAUUACUCAAACAAUGAGACGGAGGAGAAGAAGGAGGAGCGAUGCGAUUGGGCAGCCUAUCAAUACAAACGGGCUGAUGAGCUGCCGGCAAGCUGCUUGCAGGGCAUAGACUUUAAGCGAUUUGGAUUUGCAGAUCAUCAGAACGACUACAGCUUUUGGCUGGGCUCAAAGUACGCCAAUACGCCGUGUCAUUAUGAUACCUAUGGGAUUAACAUUGUGGUGCAAGUUUAUGGCAGCAAAUCGUGGUUGCUAUUUCCACCUGAAACCGCAUUACAAAGCACACGCAUUCCGUACGAGGAAUCCAGUGUUUACUGCUUGGAAAACUUUUAUGCUCCCGCUCCCAAUAAGCUUAGUCACUAUGAGCAGUUUCAAGAACAGGCCUAUCACUGUCUUCUGCAUCCAGGCGAUGUGCUCAUUGUGCCGCGUCAUUGGUGGCACUACGUGGAGGCAGUGGAGACAUCGCUUAGCGUUAACUAUUGGGUGCCUCUUAAAACUGACUUGGAUUUCACAUUAGAUGAGCUCAUAGUUAAGCAUGUGAUCGAAAGUUUCGUUAAAGGCGAGAGUGAUCAACUGAAGAAGUAUCUGUUGAAUCCCAACCAACUGGAAGAAAUUGUCGAGAGAGCAAGUUUACUCUUCAGUCAGUUCGAGCGGGCUGUUCACAAUCAAAGUACAGAUGGCAAGCGACAACUGUGGGACACCGAAUACAUGAGCCAGAGCGAGGUUUCCCAAGCCAUCAGCAGUACUGGGGUUCGGAUUCGAGCACUAGAUGUUAUGCCAAAAGAGGCAUAUACGCUGCUACUCAAGAACAACUCUAUGCGCCAUGACGCACCUGGAGCAAGCAAUCAAAACAACGAGGAUAACAUCAUUAGCUCGACGUUGGAGCUUCUGAUAAACAGCAUGUGUGCACCACGAAGCAUUGCCUCCAUUAAGCGCGAAUUGUUUCGCAGACUGGGACAGAGUAAACAUUUAUAGCGCUAAGACGGAACGUUUAUUGUGAUACGUAUAUAUGAGAUUAAAAUCCAAUAAUCAUUCAA